GUUAAACCUCGUUGAACAUAUUAGGAAGGUACUUACAAGUGCCGGCGCCUGUGUCAGAGGGCUUUCCUAUUAAAGCCGACCCCGGGAAGCUGCUGUGUUGAGUGUUUCUAAGGUGUUACAGAAGGUUUAGAGGCUACCUGGACUGGUAAGCUCCAUCACCUCCCAGAACCGACCAGGCUGCAGGGAUGGGAGUGGGGCAGGUGCUGCUCGUGCUGUCGGCCGCCUGCGCGGUGAUGCCUGCGAAGGACCCGUUGCUGAACAUCUGCAUGGAUGCCAAACACCACAAAACCAAGCCUGGCCCGGAGGGGAUGCUGCAUGACCAGUGUGCUCCCUGGAAGGACAACGCCUGCUGCACGGCCAACACCAGUUCAGAAGCCCACAAGGACCAAUCCAACCUGUACAACUUCAACUGGAACCAUUGUGGGCUGAUGCCCCCCAAGUGCAAGCGCCACUUCAUCCAGGACACAUGCUUGUAUGAGUGCUCACCCAACUUGGGGCCCUGGAUUGACCAGGCUGACAGCAGCUGGCGUCGGGAGAGGAUUCUUCACGUGCCACUCUGCAAAGAGGACUGCGAGGAGUGGUGGGAGGAUUGCAAGGACUAUGUCACGUGCAAAGAGAACUGGCACAAGGGCUGGAACUGGGCAACAGGAACGAACCGCUGUCCUUGGGGCUCCAUGUGCAGACCCUUCAGCCAUGUCUUCCCCCGACCAAAAGACCUGUGUGAGAAAAUCUGGUCCAACUCCUACAAAUACACCACAGAGCACCGGGGCAGCGGACGCUGCAUCCAGAUGUGGUUUGACCCUGCCCAGGGAAACCCCAAUGUGGUUGUGGCGAAGUACUACGCUUGGAAAAAGAGAUCUUCCCCUGCUUGGAUGGAGAACGUGACUCCUGAGACCGACAAAGCUGCAUGCAUUCUGCCAUGGCCUGUCCUGGUCCUGCUGCCUCUGGCCCUUGUGGUGCUCCCUGAGGGAGCCGGAGGCUGUGGGUCCCAUGGAUGGGGGUCCCUGUGACUGCUCCCCAAAGGGACAUGCCUUGGACUGCUCCAGAGAGGAGCUGGCAUAGGUAACUUAGGUCUGUCCUAGCUGGUCAUGCACCCCAGUAAGCACUCUGCAUGAGUUUGGUUGUUGGACCUUUAUACCUGCCUCCGCUUUCAGCUGCUGACAAAGGCAGUUGUCUCCUUGCCGUCCUAGGAAGGGCACUACCACGUAUCUUUGCUCUGAUGUAGGAGCUCCUUCACAUCUGUUCCCUCCCCGUGGCUGUGUGCGGGGUUGGCAGUGCGUGUUCAGGGUCCUCUGCCGAGCUCUGGUGUCUGCCCCGACCCCCUCAGCGUGGGGACGGUAAUAAAAUACUCCUCUGAACCAG